AGAAAGCGGCUGCAGGGGGAGGACGCUGCCAAAAUGAGCACAAGAUAGAUAUAUUUUAAAUAAAAAACUAGUAUAUUUCAGUAUUUAGUUAACAAUGGAGGAACAGCGUCGUCUUCGGCAGUUUCCAUCCAAAUGAGCUCCUUGGUUUUGUUGUUGGGAGACAGAGGCGCCUGACAGGAGACUGACUCCUCUUCCAGGAUCCUAACGAGAGCUCAAACCACCGAUGAGAACGAUGUCUGAUGAGACAGAGCAGAGAAUGUGUGACGAAGACUUCGGGUCGGAUGAGGAAGGAGAGGAGGGAGACGUGGAGUCGUUCAUGGAGGACAACAGCAGCGAGCUGGUGGACCGCCUGAGGGAGCUGGAGGCAGAAAACUCAGCUCUGAUGUUGGCCAAUGAGAGUCAGAGAGAGGCUUAUGAGAGAUGUUUGGAUGAGGUGGCCAACCACGUGGUCCAAGCUCUGCUGAAUCAAAAGGAUCUGAGGGAGGAGUGCAUCAAGCUGAAGAUGUUGGUGUUCGACCUGGAGCGACAGAACCGAGCGCUUUGUGAGCUCUUUCAGCAGAAACUGCCCAACCACCCCACGGCUCACUACCAGGUCCAGGCGGGACCCCUCCCAGACUACAAUGCACAGCUGCACAAUGACUCUGCAAAACAGGUGGAGCCUGCACAGACUGAAGCACAAGCCAAGGGAAAUGGCUACCGCACACAACAUGCCUCCCCGGGCCCUCGUGGCCCCGCCACCUCCAUGGAGGCCCUCUCUCCCUUCUUCAAGAAGAAAGCACACAUCCUGGAGGUCCUCCGCAAGAUGGAGGAGACGGACCCUCUGAAGUUCCACCCGUCCACCACCAGCUUGUCUUUCUGCGACUACAGCCAGGUGCUCAUGUCCACAGAGGCUGUUUUGGCUACAGCAGCAGACCCCCUCCCACUACCGUGCAAACCCCACCACACACACUGCCACUGCUCCCGCUCAGACACCGACUCACACCAACAUGUGAACGGUGACGGGGGGGUGAAGUGUGAGGCGGGGAACACCUGCUGUUUACACUGCAAGAGGAGCCCUGACAGUCCUCCGAAACCUUGCAACCACGUCUGUAGUCCUUCCAAAGCCCCCCAGAGCCAUGUCGUUCCUACAGCUGCUAUUAGCGAAUGUCUCAGUAAGAGCAGGACAGCAGAGCCCCCGUCCAAACAAUGCACCAAGAAUGAAGCCCAGCAGCCACCGGCAGGCGCUGCAGCACGGGUCUCAGUACCAGAACCUGAUCAGAGCCUGGAGGUGAUGGACGUGGAGCAGGAGAGCUCUGAGAGUCUAAAUGUCUCUGAAGAACUCACCGGCUUCUAUCCCACAUCCCAUCUGACCAGUUCUGUGAAGGAAAGCGCACAAAUCCUCCACCAUGACAUGGAAACAAGCGACGGUGUUCACAACGGCGUCAGCACCUUCCUGUCGAACGACCUGUCAGCAGUCCCGGAGAAAGACGUCCCAGAUCCGCAGGCUUCUUCCGCCAGGGCCAACGCCUCCGUGAGCCCCAGCCCGUCCUGCCUCACCGAGAUCAAAACCGCCGCCAUGAACUCUCCGUCCAAAAUGCUCAAGUUCCUGAAGAUUCCCACGAUGGGAGAGAAGUCCCAACCCUCCACGUCCGCCGUGAAGCUGAGCCCGCAGCUCACCCGCAGCUCCAGGAUCCCCUGCCGCACCAACAACUACGAGGUGUACCACUCCCCUGUUCCCCCCCGCAGAGCCACCACCACAGAGAGGUGCCGGCAGCCCCCCCCACCCCCCGCCAGGUCCGAGUCCUACCCGGCAACACACUCCGCCCCGACGUCCCCUCCUCAGUCUGAAGACGUCUGCUCCCCGCCCGUUAAGGAAGUAAGCUACAGCAGCCUCUCAGCGCCUAAAGCUGCUCCAAAGAUGGCCGCUCCUCCUUCUGCAUCCUCCUCCUCACCGAAAAUAGCACAGAGGGUCCCUCAUUAUGAAAAUGUCUCUGUCAUGUCCAGAGAAGAGGAACCAACACAAGGCCAGAAAAGAACCACACUUCCAUCUCAAACAAAGGGGAACGGCGGUGAGAGGAAGCUCGUCAAGUCGCUACCAGAAAGUGUCCUGAACCCUCCUCCUCCGCAGAGAAAGGAGUCGACCACUUCCUCGUCCGAGACCUCGUCAGACGAUGAGGACUCGGACAGCCCGGUGUGGGUCAACCAGCACAAUCUGCCCGGUGCGUCCGCUCCAGGUAAGCUCACACAGGGAAGACUUAACUUCUCACAAACCAGAGAGAAACAAGAGGUGGAUGUGAGGGAGAUGCAGAGGUCCGAUGUGGCCCAGCAGCCGCCUCCUCCUCCAGCCAGGAGGACCGACUCCUCCAUCCCUAAGAGGCCUGCAGCGGUGGCAGCGAGACCCCAGCCGGACUCCAGUCACCACGCUUUCAAAGACAGGCUGGCUGCUCUAGGGAAGCUGAGGAGUUCAGAGGAUCUACAGGUCGGUCUGAGGCCGGUGGAAGAGGGCACCUACGCAGAAGAAAGGUGUAAAACAGAGGAGAGGCCGAUGGAGCUCCAGAAAGAAGAACAGAGACAUUCAAAAUACAUCGACUCUUUGGAUAGUAAAAGCAAAGUUAGUAUUGGUGGUUUAAAAUACCCGGGGUCGUCUCAGCUGUAUGAACACCCUGUGAAAUCUACAGCGGGGAAACAAGAACUGUGCGUGACCAAAACCGAAGGCCCCAAGAGUAAAAUUGGUCUGCCGUCCCCUAAUGCUGACGCUCCACAGGUGCUACGCAACAACAUCAAAUGUCCUGGCUCCCUGAAUCUGGCCUAUAACCUUAAACCAGUCCCUCACAGUAGCAACAGCCCCAAUAAAAUCCCCCCAAAGUCACCGUCCAAACCAUGCCAGGGCCCGUCCGUCCACAAAGCAGCGAAACCCGCGGAGUCGCCUCGUUACUCGUCUAAAUCAGAGGAGAGGACCAAGAUCAGUGGGAAAGGGAAGAAGAAUCCGAUGUUUGGAGACAGCCUGCCGCCGCCUCCUCCGAGACCUCCAACGUCGGAGGUGGAGAAGCCCCCGCCGCCGGCCACCAGCCCGACGUCCGCCAUCGAGCAGAAAGUGAUGAAGGGCAUCGAGGAGAACAUGCUGAAGCUGCAGGUGCUGGACCGGGGACCGCAGCCCACCGAGGUGAAGCAGAAAGCCUCCAACGGCAUCGCCAGCUGGUUCGGCCUGAAGAAGAGCAAACUGCCCGCGCUGCGCAAAACGGACGCCACGAAAGUGAAUGAGAAGCGGGAGUGGAAGAUCAGCAUCCCCUCGGUGGGCAGGGACCCUGUGAAGGUGGCCAGUAGGUGUAAAGAAGGAGUGGAGGGCCUGAACAUCUCCACGCUGAUGGAGAAGGCGGAGGGGCUGCGGAGGGCUCUGGAGGAGGAGAGGGCGUACGUGGAGAGGUCGGGCAGAGGUCACUCCUGCGAGGUGGUGAUGGACCAAUCUCAGGGACAGCUGGCCGUCAUGUACCGGGGGGGACGCUCAGACAACUUCAUGCAGCAGCUGCUCAACAGAGUGGACGGGAACGAGAUGAUCACCGUGCCGCAGCGCCGGCUCUCCUUCGACUGUAAGACCUCGAAGCCGAUGUUUUGUCAGCAGGGCGACGUCAUCAGUCACACCACCAGUCGAGACGAUAUGGAGAAGGGAUCAGACAGAAUCGGCAAGAUCACAUCAGAUGAAAACCUCGCCGAUUCAGUUCACUCCCAACACUUCGCAGGCUCUGGUGUCUCCACCUACACGCUGGACAGCGGCAUCGGGACCUUCCCGCUGCCCGACUGCAGCAGCGGGGCCGCCGGUCGGGGUCUCUCCAAGGCGCGGGCCGGAGCCGAGCGCCACUCCUCGGGCUCCCCGGGGCGGGCCGGGCGGCGGGCCAGGACCCUGGACAGAGAGCCCGUGACCCAGGAGGAGAACUACGCGGCUCACAAGCAGCUGAUCCCCACCAUCCAGUACGCCUCCGCGCUCGAGGGGAGGGGCUCUGUCGGGGUCAUCCGUGAAGACAGAGAGUCCCACGCUCCGAACAUGUUCUCCCCCCGCUCAAAGACCUGGACCUUCCCCAACCUGAAGACCGCCGCCGGGCCUGCAGAGGUCUACCUCGCUGUGGAGGAGGAGGAGGAGGAGGAGAGCUUCGGGUCUCCCUUCAGAGCGAGCUCGAAGGCGGUCGGGCCCUCCUCCAGCCGGGCGGCGGACCCCGGCAGCCUGCCCGUCCCGGCCCCGUCGGGGGGGAGCCGCCGGGGGAAGACUCGCGCGCCCAGCGUCCCGGAGGUGAGCCGGGGGGAGGGGGGGCUGGAGCUCCUCAGGGAGCGUCCCGAGGAGGCGCUGUCCCCCAGCCGCCCGCAGAUCCUGGAGACCCCCGAGUCCCUCAGCGACUCCCUGUACGACAGCCUGUCCUCCUGCGGCAGCCAGGGGUGAACGAGGACACGAAAAACACAAAAAACAGCACCGCUCUGAACUUACUGUGAUGCUGCUCGCCCAACGCCACAUCUUUGAGGACUUCCUGUUGAUGUCCACAGGAACAAGGCGGUGAUGCGUUCUCUUUAAGCAACUGGAAAGACGCUCGAUGGACUCUCCUCAGGAUUUCAAAGCCAAAAGCCACCCCCAAAUAAAAUAGGUUCACUUUUUGUCCCACAGACUGGACUGUGGACACUUGAUGUAUACAGGACUACAAAACGCAUGGCUAAGCUAAUGACUAGCACAAAGUGAUCACUCCCGGUAGUUGUUCCAGCAGCGCGUCUUUUAGUUUUGAAUCAUCCUGGUAGACAGAUCUUUGUUAUGGAAGAAGAAGAGCUGAGCCUUCUGCUCUGGACAUCAUAAUGUAUUGGAGAAAAAAAACUAAACAUGGAGCUCCUUAAAAAAAUGAAUGUUCAUGUCUGUGAUUCUUUAUUGCUAAAUUCAUGCAUCACGAUUUUAAAUGUAUAAACGAUUUUAUUGAUCAUGUUGAUAUUGUUUUGCGACCCAUGAAGGUUGUCAGAAUACGUCUGUUUUGAAAUCUUAAUACAUUUAAAGGUAAUAUAUACCAGCAAUAAUAACAUAGAUAAGAGAAAUGGCUACACUAUUCAAUGAAUAUGUAUUUCUAUUAUUUAUUUAUUUUCAAUGUGCAUCGUUUGCAUUCAUCUCUUUUUUUUCAUUUUGUAAUCUUUCUGUGAAAAUUGCAGUCUCCUCGCUUCAGUAGAUUAUGUUCAUAUCUUGUAUUUCAACAUCUGUUGCUGUUCGUUCCCUAGCCAUAGAGGUCUAUGUACCUACUGCCGUUUUUCAACUUUCUAAUUAAAAUGUUCUGAUUUA